AUUAGCUCGCAACAUCCAGUGAAGUGCAUUGUGCGUUUCUUAGAAAAAAAAUGAGAAGGGUUCUGACACUCACCUUUUAAUGUUUUUGCUAUAUUCUGGAAACCAACCUCCAAAUAGGCUUUCGUAAUUUCUUACUAUUGUAAAGUGAGAAAAUGGCUUUCCACAAGAGAAACCCGUCACCAUCUCCAUCACUUUCGUCAAUGGUCUCUGAUGUAAGCACAUCUGACACUUUGUCUCCUGAAGAGGAAGAAGUAAGGAAUUUUGUGAAAAAACGACUUAGAAAACGUCUUUUCCUUGGACAAUAUCAAGAACGAAGAUAUGUGGAAUACCUCAGUGUAUACAGAGACAUGGUGAUACUUCAUUCUUCUGAAGCAGAUUUAAAAGUAGAAAUAGAUCGAGUCCAGUCAAAGUUGAGAUCUUUUUAUGGAGAUGGCAAGUGGCUUGGUAUAACAAGCCCUGACACAAUUGGGGCACCAGCCGCUGGUCAUUGUCUUUGGACCAAACUCGAAGAUGUAGCUUUUGGAUUUCAUUGGUUCCAAAUUAAACAAAUAUGUUUUCAGGAGAGAGAGAUUGUAAUUCGCUUAAAAGUUAUCAGAGCCGUUAGUGAAGAAAUAAUUUCCCCUGCCAACUCAAGCAGUUUUACUCAAAGUUUCUCAGAAAAUGUGGACAGUUUGAAGACUAGGUUUUGUGCAGGUAUAAAUUCACUGAAAGAAAAUGAGGCCACUGUAACUAAGUCGCAUAAUACUUCAGAUUAUGUUGCACGUGAUAAAAUUUCGAAAGAAAGUUCAAGCUAUCCAUUGAACUCCACUGGUAACGGAAAGCAAGGAAAUGACCCAGCACCUGAUAGCACCACGGCUGAUUCCAUAAAUGAAACAGUAACUAAAAACCUGAAAUUUGAAGAUGUGCUUGUGUUAUUUCGUUUUGUGCUUGGUAGUUGGAGGGAAAUUUUUACAUUUUUAUGUGUCGCUGCAAAUGGACUUGGUAAAUGUGUGGAGUAUGUUGGUAACUUUUCUAUAAGACUUAUUCAUGAAGUCUCAUUCCUCAUCAGAUCAUUGACUCCAAUUUUCUUAGCUGUAAUCGAGUUAGUUGGUAAAGUUAUUGGUGGAUUUUACCUACUGAUAGCUAUGAUAUUCCGCGGACCACCACGGCAGUUUACGCCUCCUGAUCAAAACAGAACUCGACUAGCCAUCAGCAAUGUUCCACAACGUCAACCAUAUUACCCAUAUCCAGGAAGAGGCAGGAUCAGGUAUGAAAGAAAUUAAAUUUGUUUCCUCAAAUACCUUUGGUUCUCCCUGCACAAUGUUGUUAUUUGGGCCUUCCUUUUUGAGUUAUUAGGUUUGUUCCCUUUGACUAUUUUUACUGAAGAUUAACUGUACUCAGCUUAAUUUAUGAAUUUCAAGUCUGUAGAAUAGUUACUAUUUUAAUCUGCUUGUUGGCAUUUCUUUCAAUGCCUGGAUUUCCUGGGGGGGGGGGGUUAAAUGUCGGCAAUAAUGGAUUAUACUCUGCUCAUUAUGUAUGUUUCUCUCAUUACCAGGCACUGCCUGCUUAUUUUAGUUGCUUAUUUGUAUUAAUUUUAAAGCCCUUUGUUGUGUUUGUAAUGUUCUACAAACUUAAUUUGAAUGUUAUGAAUGGGACCAAGUAAACCCCCAUUGCUUCUUUAGUUGACACUAUGAUAUUACUUAAAAUGAAAUUCAUAUUAAUUUUAGUGUUGUGGGACCAAAAUUAGCUAUCCUGUUCCUUUCACUAAUUAGUCCAUGAUAUUACUUCCCUAUGUGAUAAACUAUUCUUGAAAGAUUUUCUGUAUGAUGUUGUACUGAACUACUUGGCAUGCAUCUUUGAAUCAAAGUAAGCCUGUAAUUAUAUUUAGAACGUUUCACAUCUGUUAGAUCUCAAAAGUUUCUUUAACUUUGUAAAGAAUCAACAUUUUUCUUUUAUAAAUUGAUAAUUUAUUUAGAAAAGUAACAGUAAUAUAUUCAAAUAAAAUAUGAAAUAUGUACAAAAUUUGAAAGUUAAAUAAACAAGUGUUUAAAAAUUGAACAGCAAAAAUCAUAAAUAAAAUUAAGAACUUUUCUUCUAA